GAAAGAGGAGAAAGGAUGAGCCGAACAGGAAGCAGCGCCGGGGCUAAGGGCGGGAAGAAGAAAGGUUCGACCUUUGUUAUCGAUUGUGCGAAGCCAGUGGAGGACAAGAUCAUGGACAUCGCCUCACUCGAGAAGUUCCUCCUCGAGCGGAUCAAGGUCGCCUCCCUUGGCGGCAAAGCUGGUACCUUGGGCGAUGUUGUAAACGUUACGCGUGAGAAGAGCAAGAUCACCGUUACUUCCGAAGGACCCUUUUCCAAGAGGUACCUAAAGUACCUCACUAAGAAGUACCUGAAAAAACAUAAUGUUCGGGAUUGGCUUCGAGUCAUUGCCUCCAACAAAGACCGGAACGUUUAUGAGCUGCGGUACUUCAACAUUGCUGAGAACGAGGGCGAGGAAGAAGAUUAAAAGCUUACUUGUUUGCUACUUCAUUUGCCUGCUUCUUUUAAGAUUUUAACUUUGAGAAACCUGCAAGUUGUUCUUUUUGAUACCAAUAUUUUCGUCUUAAGUAUUUCCUAUCUCAUAAAAUAUGUUUUAUUGGUAUAAGCUCCCUGCAAAAGGAAAAUAAAUUAACAAUA